CGCAAACCGUAUUCGCAAGCAUCUCCUCCGCACCGCGCUACCACAUAUCACAAAAACACGUUUACUCCAUCUAUCUCGACAGGAUCCAUUCGCACAGCUCCCACUUUUAGCUCUCCUCGCUCCAACAAGAUGAAGGUGCCUUCCACUCCACUCUUGCACCCUCCUACUCUCCCGCGCUGCACAGCCAAACUGCGCGGCUCGAGAAACGCGCUGGCCAUUGCUUGUAUGCAUCUCUGACCUCUUUCACGUUCUCCCAUCCCAGGUCCUCGCCGUUCUUUACAAGGGUGGAAAGGAUGCAGAGGAGGAGCCUCGCCUGCUCGGCACUGUCGAGAACGCCCUCGGCAUGCGUGAUUGGCUCAAAAGCCUUGGUCAUGAGUACAUUGUCACCGAUGACAAGGAGGGCCCCAGCUCGGAAUUUCAGAAACACAUCAAGGAUGCAGAUGUCCUCAUCAGCACGCCCUUCCACCCAACUUACUUGACCAAGGAGAUCAUGGACACGGCUAAGAACCUCAAGAUCGCAGUCACUGCCGGUGUUGGCUCGGACCACGUCGAUCUCAAUGCUGCGAACGAGCGCAAAAUCACCGUAGCCGAAGUUACCGGGUCGAACGUUGUCUCGGUCGCUGAGCACGUCGUCAUGACAAUCCUUACGCUCGUUCGCAACUACCAACCCUCACACGAGAUGAUCACGAGUGGUAACUGGCAAGUGUCGAACGUCGCGCGCGACUGCUUCGACCUCGAGGGCAAGGUCGUCGGCACAAUCGGCGCGGGCCGCAUCGGCUACCGCGUGCUGCAGCGCUUGAAGCCGUUCGACUGCAAGGAGCUGUUAUACUACGACUAUGCCGAGCUCCCCGCGGAGGCGAACAAGGCGGUCGGCGCGCGGCGCGUGGAGGACCUGAACGAGUUCCUGUCGCAGUGCGAUGUCAUCACAGUCAACGCGCCCCUGCACGAGGGCACGCGUAACCUGAUCAACAAGGACACGCUGAAGCACGUCAAGAAAGGUGCAUGGAUCGUCAACACGGCGCGUGGCGCCAUCUGCAACGCCGAGGACAUCGCCGCGGCCGUCCAAAGCGGCCAGAUAAGCGGGUAUGGCGGCGACGUCUGGAACGUCCAGCCGGCGCCCAAGGACCAUCCGUGGCGCGAUAUGCAGGGGCCCCGCGGCCGCGGGAACAACAUGACACCGCACAUGUCCGGCACGUCGCUCGAUGCCCAGGCACGCUACGCCGCCGGCACGAAGGAGAUCCUCGACAACUUCUUCCACGGCAAGCCGCAGACACCCGCCAACGUCAUCGUCGAGAAUGGCCAGUACGCCACCAAGGCGUAUGGCCAGCGCAAGUGAGCAAAAGCCGAAUAAACAGCAACGCCCAACAGAGACUUUUGUACUUUUAAGAGGAAAAGAAUGACUUGAACAAAAUGAUGUUGCUUUUGCGCGGUGCACAUCAAUUGCCUCUAGAAAGAUAGUCCCAACGCACACACUUCAUCACCGGCUCCUUGGCAGCACUCCAUCCUCUUCGGCCGCAAGCUCCGCCCAAGCGCGCUCGCUCUCCCCGCGCAUGAAGCCAGCGACAUCCUGCACUUCCCCGGCGCACUUGUUGCCGAACUCUUUCACGUCCAGGUGCCGCAGCGGGACAGAGAGGUAGGCUUGCCACUCGUC